UUCUUCUUCCUCUUUAAUUAUUCCAAUUUCCGCUAUUUUCAUAGCUCAAAAUUUUCAACACCAAAACUUAAUUAAUAUUAUCAUCUCAUCAUCAGGUCUCUACAUAUAUCUUAUGGGUAUUACGUUCAUAUAUAUUCUCUAAUUAAGUUACUUCUCUUCUGAUCUCUAGAGAUCAGCUGAGAGAGCACAAGAGUUAAUUAAGAAGCAUCUAAAUAUAUAUAUAAAUAUAUAUAUAAUGUGGAAGCUGAAGAUUGCAGAGGGUGGCAAUGAUCCAUAUCUUUACAGCACAAACAACUUUGUGGGAAGGCAAACAUGGGAGUUUGAUCCUGAAGCAGGGACUCCCGAGGAGCGAGCUGAGGUUGAAGCUGCUCGUCAAAAUUUCUACAAAAACCGGUUUCAGGUCAAGCCCAGUGCCGAUCUUCUCUGGCGGAUGCAGUUUCUUAGAGAGAGAAACUUCAAACAAACAAUCCCAGCAGUAAAGGUGGAAGAUGGAGAAGAAAUAACAUAUGAAACAGCUACGACGUCGUUGAGGAGAGCGGUUCAUUUCUUCUCAGCCUUGCAAGCCUCGGACGGCCAUUGGCCAGCUGAAAAUGCUGGUGCUUUAUAUUUCCUUCAACCAUUGGUGAUGUGCACUUACAUUACAGGGCAUUUGAACAGUGUAUUCCCAGCAGAAUAUCGGAAGGAGAUCCUCCGGUACACAUACUAUCAUCAGAAUGAAGAUGGAGGGUGGGGAUUCCAUAUUGAAGGACACAGCAUCAUGUUUUGUACAGUGCUUAGCUACAUAUGCAUGCGUAUACUUGGAGAAGGACCUGAUGGUGGUGAAGAUAAUGCUUGUGCAAGUGCGAGAAAAUGGAUUCUUGACCGUGGCGGUGCAACCCACAUUCCUUCUUGGGGAAAGACUUGGCUUUCGAUAUUUGGUGUAUAUGAGUGGUCUGGAACCAACCCAAUGCCUCCAGAAUUUUGGAUCCUGCCUUCCUUUCUGCCAGUGCAUCCAGCCAAAGUGUGGUGUUAUUUCCGUACGGUGUACAUGCCAAUGUCGUAUUUAUAUGGCAAGAAAUUUGUUGCCCCUAUUACACCUCUCACUCUACAGUUAAGAGAAGAGCUCUACUGUCAACCUUACAAUCAAAUUAAUUGGAGUCGAGUACGCCAUGCAUGUGCCAAGGAGGAUCUUUACCAUCCCCAUCCUUGGAUUCAAGACUUGAUUUGGGACAGUCUAUAUAUAUUAACUGAGCCUUUACUCACACAUUGGCCUUUUAACAAAUUGAUAAGAGAGAAGGCACUUCAAGUAACAAUGGAGCACAUUCAUUAUGAAGAUGAGAAUAGUCGAUAUAUCACCAUGGGAUGUGUAGAAAAGGUUUUAUGCAUGCUAGCUUGCUGGGUGGAAGAUCCAAAUGGGGAUUAUUUCAAGAAACAUCUGGCUAGAAUUCCAGAUUACUUAUGGGUUGCUGAAGAUGGAAUGAAGAUGCAGACUUUUGGAAGCCAGGAGUGGGAUACCGGUUUCGCUCUUCAAGCUUUGCUUGCUAGUGAUCUCGCUGAUGAAAUAGGACCUGUACUUAAAAGAGGACACGAAUUUAUCAAGGCUUCUCAGGUGAAGGACAAUCCUUCUGGUGACUUCAAGGGAAUGUAUCGACAUAUUUCGAGGGGAUCGUGGACUUUCUCUGAUCAGGAUCAUGGAUGGCAAGUUUCUGAUUGUACUGCUGAAGGUUUGAAGUGUUGCCUGCUUUUCUCCAUGAUGCCACCAGAAAUCGUUGGCGAGAAAAUGGAACCUAAGAGGUUAUAUGAUUCCGUCGAUCUCCUGUUAACAUUGCAGAGCAAAAAUGGAGGUGUAUCAGCCUGGGAGCCAGCCAGAGCCCAACAAUGGUUAGAACUGCUGAAUCCCACAGAUCUUUUUGAGGACACAAUGAUCGAGCAUGAGUAUGUUGAGUGCACGUCAUCGGCUAUCAAAGGAUUAGUUUUGUUUGAGAAGUUAUAUCCAGGGCAUAGGAAAAAAGAGAUUGAACAUUUUACUGCAAAUGCAGUUCGCUAUGUGGAAAAAGUACAAUUGCCUGAUGGUUCAUGGUAUGGAUGUUGGGGGGUUUGCUUCACAUAUGGUACAUGGUUUGCACUUGGAGGAUUAGCAGAAGCAGGCAAGACUUACAACAAUUGUCCAGCUAUGCGUAAAGGUGUUGAUUUUCUUCUUAAAUCACAGAGAGACGAUGGUGGUUGGGGAGAGAGCUAUCGUUCUUGUCCAGAGAAGAAAUACAUACCUCUUGAAGGAAACAGAUCAAAUUUGGUUCACACUGCAUGGGCUAUGAUGGGUCUAAUUCAUGCCGGACAGGCAGAAAGAGACCCAACUCCUCUCCAUCGUGCAGCUGAGGUAUUAAUCAAUUCUCAACUAGAUGAUGGUGACUUUCCCCAACAGGAAAUUACUGGGGUAUUUAAUAGGAAUUGCAUGCUACAUUACGGAGCCUAUAGGAACAUACACCCACUGUGGGCUCUUGCUGAAUACCGCAGGCGGGUUCCAUUCCCUUCCAGGAUUGUUGUUUGA